AUGUCUGGCAAUCCAUUCUUACUCGUGACUCCAGCGACACGGGGACUAUCACUCGCCCUUGUUCGACAUUUCUUGCGCUCCACGGAUCUCCCUGUUUUCGCUACGUACCGUUCAGGCCAUGAAUCCAGCGUCAAGAAGUCCAUGCUUGAGCGAAUCGACAAUGUCGACCCGGAGAGAUUGAAGUUGAUACCUUUGGACCUCACCUCGGAGGAUAGCAUUGCAAGUGCCCCGGAACGUCUAGCAGAAUUAUUGCCCAAAGACAAGGAAUCCUAUUUGCACACCGGAUUCUUCACGGGUGGUGUGUUGGCCCCCGAGAAACAGCCCGCCGACCUCGACCUCGCAACGAUACGCCACAUCUUUGACAUCAAUGUCAUCUCGCACCUUCUCCUCAUCAAACACUUCUCCCGAUUUCUUCCGACCAGAAAGCAGAACAGCUUGCUGUCGGCGCCAGCGAAAUGGGUCCAUGUCACCGCGCGUGUAGGCUCGAUUUCGGACAACAAGAUGGGAGGCUGGUAUUCGUACCGUUCGUCCAAGGCCGCGCUGUUCCAGGUGGUGAAGACAUUCGACCACCAGUUGCAGAUGAAGGGUUCUCCCUCGAUAUGUGUCGGUGUGCAUCCUGGGACAGUCAAGACAGAUCUGAGCAAAGGUUUCUGGGACAGUGUUGCCAAAGAAAAACUGUUUUCGCCGGAGUACUCGGCCGGGUGUCUUGCUGAUGUUGUUGGGGGUUUACAAGAGGAUCAGAGAGGAAGAGUGUGGGACUGGGCAGGGAAAGAAAUACAACCGUAG